GUAGAUGUGAUGUCCACUCUCACACUGUGAAGUUGUUACCAUAUUCUGCGCAUAACCAGUGUCACUAGUGUGCUUUCAAACCAGUCCAGAAAGCAAAAAAUCCACCCCCUCCCUGCAAAAGCUUAGCCCACACAGGUUCUCAAAACGAAAGGUGCACUAGUCCUUAUGAGACUCUCCCCGAGAUGUAUGGCUUUCAUUCAUUCCAAUGAGUCGUCUAAAAAAUACGAGUUCUUUUGGGAUUUGCGCGCGCUUUCCUUUAUUUCAAGCACCCAGAAAGGGACACAUUUCUGAAGACCCAUACCCCUUUGAGCAGAAAAUAUGAGGAACAUAGUUUUUAGAGUUUUCGUGCUGUUGUCCUUUGGCUUAAUGUGCUGCGUUUUACAGGCUGUUCACGGUGAGCCGCGCGCUGGGUCCAGAGAAUCAGCACGCGGACACCGGGCAGGUGCCUCACGCCUGGCGAUACGAUGGACGGGUAACGGCCGCGUGUAUAACCUACUGAGCCACGGUUCUGAAUAUCUACCAUCGCGAAGACGAGGGAACGUUGACGCGAGCAGACCUGCGCUGGUGAUCCGAGAAUCAAACGACACCGUGCCGAGCCGCACGAGCGCGCGUGCCAAGUCCAAUUCCGGACUCGCGCAGACAGAACCCACGCAAACCGACAGUGGAGACGUGAUGAUGGCAGACAAUCCGUACGACCCUUACAAGUCCAUUCGCAACGAACUCUACAACCCGUACUACAACUAUUACGACUCUUACUACCAGCCGCGCUCCAGGAACAGAGUUCGACCUGGCUAUGAGACGAGAUAUUUCCAGUAUGGUCUUCCAGAUCUGAUUCCAGACGCGUAUUAUGUGCAAACUUCCACUUAUAUACAGAGGGUGCCAAUGUACAACCUUAGAUGCGCGGCUGAGGAACGUUGCUUGACAAGCUCAGCUGCGCAUGCGCGGGACUACGAUACGCGCGUCCUGCUCAGGUUUCCCCAGCGCGUUAAGAACCAAGGUACUGCUGACUUUCUCCCCAACAGACCACGAUAUGCCUGGGAAUGGCACAGCUGUCACCAACACUACCACAGCAUGGACGAGUUCUGCCAUUAUGAUCUGCUGGAUGCUUCCUCCCAGAACAAAGUAGCUGAAGGCCACAAAGCCAGUUUCUGUCUGGAAGAUACCUCUUGUGACCCUGGCUACCAUAGGCGCUAUGCCUGCACAUCACACACUCAGGGUCUGAGCCCAGGAUGUUAUGACACUUACAAUGCAGACAUUGACUGCCAGUGGAUUGAUAUUACUGAUGUCAAACCUGGAAAGUACAUUCUCAAGAUAACUGUGAAUCCAAGCUACCAGGUUCCAGAGUCAGACUUUAGCAAUAACAUAAUGCGCUGUGACAUUCAGUAUACAGGCAAUUAUGUCCAUACAUCUGGUUGCAGUAUAUCUCAAUACUGAUUGCAGAGUGUUGUCAUCAUCCCAAAAUGUCAGUCAUUACACAGACGCCUGGGGAAGUCAAGGAGUCAAAAGUUGCAUAGCAGUGAUGAUAAUUUUUGCCAUUUUUAACCUGUAGAAUCCUAUUUUUAAUACAUCAAAAUGUAUGUAAUGGCAAAAACAAAAGUUAAAUCACAGUUACUGUACAGUACUUUGGUAGAAAAAAAGGUUAACUCUAGGGUCCUAUGGGAAGAAUCCUUAAAGGUUCUAGGUAAAACCAUACAACAUUGUGUCUCCUAUCAGAGAUAGUAGAUUUACAUUCAUUUGGCAGAUGUUUUAACAUAGCAUAAAGUAAUAUAAAUAACAUCUCAAAUUAGUGUAAAAAUAGAACAUUACAUUCUGGCCUUAGGUUAUAUAAUAUUAUCUAACUGGUGUAGAUAAAAUUGAAAGAUGUAAUAUCUUAUUAAAAUAUAAGAUAUGACAAAAAUAUCUUAUUCUUAUUAGUGAUAGUGUGCUAUGUAUCACAACAAAUUUA